AUGGUUGAGGCAAAAUCCUCGUUCAAAUUUACCAAUCUAAAGUGUCAAGUUGCCGAUGCCGAUUUUUGCCGUUUCGAAACAUGCAAAUUAUCUGUCGUUGGACGUGGCAUUGUCAGUCUUAAUAUAAGAGUGCAAUUAUUUAAAACUCCAGUCACAAAUACUUCGGUACAUUUCCUUUUGUAUCGAAAGGACAACGGACGUCGCAAACUUCUAUUUAAUGUUCACCAAGAUGUGUGUGCUUACUUUCUCAAACCAAAUCGUUUUUCCUUAGCGCAUGCAUUCUUUAAUUUUUUUGCCGCAAAUUCAAAUAUAAAUCAUUCCUGUCCCUAUGAUGAUGAUAUCAUUGUAAAGGAUUUGAUAUUGGAUGAGGAUAAAGUUCGUCUUGUGCCACUUCCUGAAGGAGAAUUUAUAUUAGCAAUACAAGUUUUUGCCUACAACAAACUAAGAGCUUCUGUAGAAACAUUCUUCUACCGUAAAGAUUUUCUGUACUUUAAAGGGUGA